AUGGUAGUUUCUUUAAAUUUUUUAAUUCUAGGACAACCUUCUGAAAAUAUUUUCAAUGUUGUCAUCGGCGAUUAUUUCACCACCAAUGAAGGUGUUAAGAUAUUCUUUAACGAUUUAACCGUUGCAAACUUCAGGGAGAUUCUCUUUCUCCCCACCUUCACUGGUAAAUGUUUACCUCCCAAACAAGAAAACGGACCACCACCUUAUGCAGUCGUUUCUAAUAUUCCGGUUCUAGCAUGGGAUGAUUUUCUUACUAAUGCCUUUUAUGCAACUACAGCUCUUGACACAGGUAAUCGUGUGUUUAGCAGGCCUAACAUCACUGGAGCUUUAUCUUUUGAAGAUUCUUUUGUUGACAUGUUCUUGAAAACGAUGGAAGCUAAAGAUUAA